AGGAGUGAGGUGGGACGGGCUGCUCGUGCUGGGUGGCCGUGAGGGAAGACUGUGUCGCUAGGAGGUUUUGGAAACGCGUUUUCGAUCGACUGUGCGUGGAAAUCACAACAUAAUGCUGAGCUGAGCAGUCAGUGUUCCACAUAAUUCGCUUGUGAGGAGGCGGCCUGCGCAGUCUGGGUUUUGGCAGCUUUUCUCGAAAUAGUGACGUCCUACGACAUCAAGAUGGCGGAUGGGUUCCGUGUGGAUGGGUUCCGGGUGGACGGCUCCUGGAUGCUGUCUGUGUUCGUCACGGACCUGCAGGUGGAGAAGAAGAUCCGUGUCAAGGGUGACAUGCAUGUUGGUGGCGUCAUGUUCAAGCUGGUGGACGACCUGGAGGGCCAUGACUGGUCGGACCACGCGCUCUUUUGGCCGGAGCGCAACCAGUGGCUGCUGCGCACCAAGUCGACGCUGGACCAGUACAGCGUGGACGCCGAGGCGUGCUUGCUCUUCACGCCGAUGCACAAGGUGCUGCGCGUCCAGCUGCCGGACCUGCGCCACCUCGACUGCCGCGUCGACUUCAGCGCCAAGUGCUUCAACGCCGUCAUCGAGGUCUGCAAGGAGCUAGGGUACGUACGUAUCCGCCACCCGGAGGAGCUGUCGUUCGCCAAGCCGCUGGAGUCGCAGCACCUCAAGUACAACUACCAGUCGCACGCGGCCGGCAAGGCGCGCUCCGUGGACGGGCUGCCGGCCGACACCAACACGUUCAUCUCCAAGAACGGCUCGGCGCAUAGCAGCAACAACAGCCUGGACGGCCCGACUACGCCCAGCCGCCGCCUGCACACGUCCGGCUCGCACUUGAACACGAGCGGCACGUGGCGCUCGAACGCCUCGCACUCGCCGUACAACACGAUGAACAGCUCGCUGGGCGGGCCGGGCUCUCCGGCGCACAACAUGACCAUGAGCAGCCUGGACAGCCUGGACUCUGGCCUGACCCACAGUCCGAUCGUGCCGGCCGCGCAGGCGCGCCGCGUCAUGGUGCACCCGCACACACUGCUCGAGCGCGCCCGCAUGAACGUGGCCUGGCUGGACUCGUCGCUCUCCAUCAUGGAGCAGGGCAUCCGCGAGUACGGCACCCUCCUGCUGCGCUUCAAGUUCUACAGCUUCUACGACCUGGACCCCAAGUACGACGCGGUGCGCAUCAACAUGUUGUACGAGCAGGCCAAGUGGCAGAUCCUGAACGAGGAGAUCGACUGCACCGAGGAGGAGAUGCUGUUGUUCGCCGGUCUACAGCUGCAGGUGAACAUGCAGAGCAGUCAGCCGCAGCCGGAGCUGAACGACUCGAGCAUGGGUGCCGACGACAUCGACUCGGCGCUCAACGACCUGCAGGUCAAGCUGGAAGGCUCACACGUCAACGGCAACGGCGACAUCACGCAAAUCCCCGAGCUCUCGGACUACCUGCGCUUCUUUAGGCCGAAGAAAUUCACGCUGAAGGGCUACAAGCGCUACUGGUUCGUCUGCAAGGACCUGAUGCUGUACCUGUACAAAUCCCGGGAGGACGUGGGGCAUGAGCCCGCCUUCAGGGUGAACCUCAAGGGCUGUGAGGUCACCCCCGACGUCGUCAUCGCCAGCAACAAGUACGGCAUCAAGCUGGAGGUGCCAUCGCCCGAGGGCAUGACCGACAUGAUCGUCCGGUGCGACUCGGAGCAGCAGUACGCCCGCUGGAUGGCCGCCUGCCGGCUGGGCGCCAAGGGCAAGACGAUGGCCGACGCCUCGUACGACACGGAGGUGCGCAGCAUCCUGGACUUCCUGUACCUGCAGCGGCCGGCGCCGGCGCCCGCCAUCAACCCGCAGCACCUCGAGAUCAGCUCCGAGGACUACGUGCCGCCCAGGUUCAUCAAGAAGCUCAAGAGCAAGCUGAACCAGCGGAUCCUGGAGGCGCACGCCAACGUCUCCAACUACAACCUGAUCGAGUCCAAGAUGAACUACAUCAAGUCCUGGAAGGCGCUGCCCGAGUUCGGCAUCACGUACUUCGUGGUGAAGUUCCUGAAGGCCAAGCGGGAGGAGCUGCUGGGCAUCGCCUUCAACCGUCUGAUGCGCAUGGACCUGGGUGGGGAUCACAUCAAGACCUGGCGCUACAAUACCAUGAAGGCCUGGAACGUCAACUGGGAGGUGCGCCACAUGAUGGUGCAGUUCGACGAGGAGAGCGUCGUCUUCGAGUGCCUCUCCUCCGACUGCAAGGUGGUGCACGAGUUUAUCGGCGGCUACAUCUUCCUCCAGCUGCGCUCCAAGGACUCGAGCCAGACGCUGGACCACGAGCUCUUCCACAAGCUGACUGGCGGCUGGCGGUAGACGCCGGCGCUCGCCGCCGCCGCGCCGGAGCCGCCGCCGCCGGCCGCGCCGAGCUGGGACAGGGCGUCGGGAGGCAGCCGCCCUCGCCGAGGGGCCGGGCCGGCGGCUCAGCGCGCGGGCGACGGCGGCCGCCCUGCUCCGGGCCGACCAGGACAGUGCAUUUGCCGCGGCGCGUCCGCCGCCGCCGCCGCCGCUGCCGCCGCCACGGACGCGCACACACGCUGUACAUGUCGUUAUUGCACGCCGGCGCCGGCCGCGUGGCGCGUUGUUAAAUUUUAAUCUAUGCUAUUAGCCAGAGCGUGCGAGAGCGGUGGGUGACAGAGCUGGGGGCGUUUGCGUCUGACGGAUGAGUGUUGUUGCGCGAGACUGGAACGCCGUGGCGGGUCCGACCUGGGUCCGAAGCCGGCAGUGCGAGUGAAUGGGAAGACGUGCCGACGCUGCGCGCGGCGUCGGCGCUUCGAGCCGGCAGCCUUCUGAUCAUGUCGUGAUAACCAUUGCAACUAUGACACGCCGAUACGUAGCUGUUAGGCUAGUCAGCGCGGAUUGAGUCUCGGUGCCGGCGUCGGGCGCCUCGCUGAGGUCCGCCAGGUCCCGUUGGGUCCCGUCCACGUCUGUCGGGUCACGCCGGAACCGGGCCAGGUUCCGUCGAUGCCGUGAGGGCCGCCGGACCGUGUGGCCUGACCUGCGGGAGUGCCGGGUCAGGUCAGGUCGGGUCGGGCACCUGCACGUCCGCGGCCGCGGCCGGAGCGCAGCUAAACAGACCGGCCGUCGAAGCAGCUACGUCCCGCCCGGGCGGCGGCCCUGCCGGCCGUGCGUUAACCGUGUUACAACACCUAACAGCUCUAAUCGUCAUAUCUCGCUGUGUAUAACGCCUGUAGAUGCGCUGGUCUGUGUGUACGUGGUGCGUCAUGCGGCGCGUUCCGCCGACGGCGCGGCGCGCGCGCGCCGACGCCGUCUGGUGGCGCUGGCGGUGCCGUGUCGUGUGGCCCGCGGGCCCUGUCGCGUGCCUGUUACUGUGUGGCGUCAACUGAGUGCCGUCCGCGGAGACUUCUUCCUCGUCCGCGCGCGCGCGGACACCCUCGCCAGCCACUAACCGCACCGUCCGCGCGCUAUUUUUGUAGAUCUUUGACCCGGCAACGAAUGCAAGUACAACUGGACUCGAUGGGCGGUGUGACCGGGGAGGGGACGCGCGGUUGUUCGCUGUUAACUCUGCGUAGUGGCUGGCAGCCCGGCCCGUGACUCCCGGCUCCUCCCGGCGGCGCGCGGCCCACUGCACACGUACUGGUGCUUGCAGCUCAUUCAGCAUAUGAUGUAAAUAAACUAGUCUUAACUAU